CGACUCAACUCGUUCACACUCCGAGUCAAUGACUCAGUAUCCUCUUCUAACGAAUUUCUUCUGAUUGAUCUCAAUGAAAUUAAGGCCACGACGAACCGCGAAUGGACGCGAUCAAACCACUUCCUCAGGUCUCGAGCUUCUCCGCUUCGCUCUUUAGCUUCCUCGAUGACAGGUUCAGAGACGCCGCGGAUCUCUCCCAGUCCCCGGGCUUGGUUUCCGAGUUACUGGCUGAGAUUUCCGAAUUGGAUCAGAGAUUGGCCGGGCUGAAUCGCCAGCUCGAGUCCGGUCUUGCCGCUUACGCUUCGUUUUCGGAUCGCGCCGGCGGUCUAUUUGUCGGAGUUAAUGCCAAGCUGGCUGAUCUCUCUUCUUCUACCUGCGUUCCCCGCUCCGCCUCAGAUGGCGGAAAGGAGGAGGAGACGACGGAUCAUGUAGCUGGGGAAGAGCUUCCAUCACUGGCAAAGGAGGUAGCACAAGUUGAGUCUGUGCGGGCUUAUGCUGAGACUGCACUAAAGCUUGACACUUUAGUGGGUGAUAUCGAGGAUGCUGUGAUGUCUUCUUUGAACAAAAACUUGAUAUCAUCUCGGUCAAGCAGUUUUGAAGAAGUGCGUCUACAUGCUAUCACAACGCUUAAAAAGACGGAAGAGAUACUGAGUUUAGUGGCAAGGAAGCAUCCUCGGUGGGCACGUCUUGUUUCUGCAGUUGAUCACAGAGUAGAUAGAGCUUUAGCGAUGCUGAGACCUCAAGCGAUAGCUGACUACAGAACGUUGCUUACUUCUCUUGGAUGGCCACCUCAGCUUUCUACCCUAACUUCACCAAGCCUUGAUUCAAAGUCAGACAAUGUCGAAAAUCCGCUUUUUAACAUGGAAGGGAACCUCAAGAGUCAAUACUGUGGAUAUUUCCAUGCACUGUGUAGCCUCCAAGGGUUGCAGCUGCAAAGAAAGUCGCGGCAGCUUGGGAGCCAUAAGGGAGAAAAUGUUCUUUUCCACCAGCCACUCUGGGCUAUCGAAGAGCUGGUCAACCCUCUAACAGUUGCAUCUCAGCGACAUUUUACAAAGUGGAGCGAAAAGCCUGAAUUCAUUUUCGCCCUUGUGUAUAAAAUCACAAGGGACUAUGUAGAUUCUAUGGAUGAAUUGUUACAGCCGCUUGUUGAUAAAGCAAAACUAGCUGGUUACAGUUGCCGAGAAGAGUGGGUUUCGGCUAUGGUAAGCUCGUUGUCUUUGUACUUGGUGAAAGAGAUAUUCCCUAUAUAUGUUACUCAGCUAAACGAAGUGAACGAGACUGAUAGUCCUGCUGAGGCCAAGGUUUCGUGGCUCUAUCUCAUUGACCUGAUGAUCUCUUUUGACAAGCGAGUUCAGUCUCUGGUAUCGCAAUCAGGAAUACUUUCGCUUCAAGAAGACGGGAACCUCUUGAGGAUUUCCUCUCUCUCAGUUUUCUGUGACAGACCUGAUUGGCUCGAUUUAUGGGCAGAGAUAGAGCUAGAGGAGAGGCUCGUCAAACUCAAGGCGGAUAUAGAUAAGGAGAGAAACUGGACAGUGAAGGUCCAAGACGAACUCAUCUCAACUUCCAACGUUUACAGACCACCGAUUGUUUCCAGCAACUUUCUGCAGCACUUGUCAUCAAUAAUCGAACGAUCCAAGUCAGUGCCGGCCGUUUAUCUGAGGGCAAGGUUCCUGAGAUUGGCAGCGUCACCAACAAUCCAGAAGUUCUUGGAUGGCCUCCUUCUCAGGUGCCAAGAAGCAGAAGGACUAACUGCUUUAACCGAAAACAACGAUCUAAUCAAGGUCUCAAACUCUAUCAACGCUGGUCACUACAUCGAAUCAGUCUUGGAAGAAUGGUGCGAGGACGUCUUUUUCCUCGAAAUGGGAACCGGACAGGACGAUCAACAGGAAGUUACAAGACUGGAUAACUUCACAGAGCCUCGUGAAGGUAUUUUCGGAGAAGAGUUUGAGAAGCUGGAGAAGUUUCGGCUGGAGUGGAUAAACAAGCUGUCCGUGGUGGUCUUGAGAGGCUUCGAUGCUCGAACCCGAGAGUACAUGAAAAACAGAAAGCAAUGGCAGGAGAAGAGAGACGACAAAGAGUGGACUGUGUCGAGGUCACUAGUUGGUGCUCUAGACUACUUGCAAGGGAAAACGUCGGUAAUAGAGGAAAAUCUAAACAAAGCAGACUUCACAGCUAUGUGGAGGAGUCUAGCCUCGGAGAUAGACAAGCUGUUCUUCAACAGCGUAUUGAUGGCGAAUGUGAAGUUCUCUGAUGAUGGAGUCGAAAGGUUUAAACAAGACAUGGAGGUUCUGUAUGGGGUUUUCAGGGCGUGGUGCGUUAGGCCCGAGGGUUUCUUCCCUAAACUAAGCGAAGGGAUUACGCUGCUGAGGAUGAAAGAGAAGCAAGUGAAGGAUGGUGUGAGCAGAGGCGAGAAGUGGUUACGUGAGAAUGGAGUUCGAUAUUUGAGUGAAGCCGAAGCUAAGAAGAUAGCUGAGAGUAGAGUGUUCUCUUAGCUUCUGACUAGGAAAGGCCAUCUAUCUCGAGAUCUCCUGCUAUAUACACAACUACGUACGUCCCAUUCUCACGAGCAGGCGCCUAAAAGAAUAGCUUUAGGGUAUCGGCAAUAUAGACACAUGGAGGAAGAAGGCAGUCUAGUACGAGAAGAUGGCCCAAAAACCGCCGGAAAACCAUCACCGGGAACAUCGGUUCUCACUCCUGCCGUCUUUACUUCAAGAGUUUGAUAAGAAAGGACACUACAAGGUUAUUGGCAGGAUUUGGGGUUGACAUUUACAAAGAUGUUGGGGUUGUAAAAUGUAAAUUGCAAAAAGAAUAAUCUCUUGUCGCAGAUGAAAGGAUUACUUGACUUGCAACGGAAGCAAUAGAUUCUGAAAUCAGCAUACGUAACAAGACUUGCCCUAUCAAUCAACACCUCUCUCUCUAUCGACAUCGUCAUCUGAAACCUCCUCUCCGUCAACACCUCUCUCGCUAUCGCAACCCGAGUCCCCAAUCUCCGCCACCACAAAAUAACUCCAACGCCCCAACACAAAGUCAGGCCCAAUCAAGCCCAACCUAAAACUAAACCCAAUCAAACUCAAACUUCAUUCGUACCACAAACCAGCCCAUUACAAAACAAAACCAGAAAACCAAAUAUAACCAAACCCAAUCAAAUCCCAUCCCAAUUCCUACCAUAAACCAGAAAACCACAAAUACUCAAACCUAAUCCCAAAUAUGCCAAAAUCGCCACAAAAUCAAAAUUUACAGAGAUCGAACCUCGCACAAUAGCCAUGGGGAUUCUGUCGUGGUUCACAGGUAGUCCUAAGCCUUCGCAGUCCGUGACGUCGAAGACGGAGAUAAUACAGACGGAGAAAUCGGCUCCGGGAAUGAACGGAGCCAUAGAAGUUCCUCGGCCCGAUCGCGCGACGGUUUUCGAGUUCGGCUCUGUGGCGGCCACCGGAGAUAGAGUCACUCUCGCUGGAUACUGCCCUGUUUCCGACGAUCUCGAACCUUGCCGCUGGGAGAUUCUCCCCGCUGGCGGAAAAGACGCUCCCCAGUUUCGAGUCGUCUUUUGAAGACUAUCUAUAAACAAUCAACACAAAUCAUUUUCGUAUUUCCAGGUUGUAUUCUCCCGGUUUAGUUAACUGGUUUUUUUCUUAUAAUCAUGUAUUGCCGUAUUGGAUCCAAUGAAAGAGAUGAUUUGUAUUGACUCUGUACGGAUACAUUUAUACAACAAGUCGAUGAAUGAUAAAUGGAAAGAACCAUAUAUGUAUUUACAGAGAGUUAUAUGAUUGCUUGAAUCACGAAG